UUACUUGCGGAGCGACCGAGUUCCAUCCACCCGCCACCCACGACCCACCUACCGAAAGGCAACGGAAUCACAUUUCUUGAAAGCUGAAUUUGUGUCAUCUCCGCUUCCUCCAUAGCGAAACUUCAUCAGGUAUUCUUGGCUGCACCUUUACGAUAAUUUGAUUCUUGAGCUCAAGAAAUCGCAUUAUUUCGGAGAAGAUAUGGUUUAUCACUCUAGCUUUGUGGAUGAGGAAGGAAUUAGUAAAGCUUGUGGGUGCCCUUUACUUCCUUUGAAAAGCCAUAUAAAGGGUCCUGCUCCUGUUUCAGAUCAAGAUAGAACUGAUAUAGUAGAUGAAGCAAUCACAUUCUUCCGUGCCAACGUUUUCUUUAGAAAUUUUGAUAUUAAGAGCCCAGCUGAUAAGCUCCUUAUUUAUUUGACAUUCUAUAUUAAUGUGGCUUUGAAGAAGCUUGAAGGAUGCAGAACUUUGGCUGAAGGGACCAAGGCGAUCAUUAAUUUGGGUCUGGAGAAUGUUCCUGUUCCUGGAGAAUCUGGAUUUCCUUUUCCUGGUCUUUUUGUGAAUCCUGAAUCUCGGAAGGAAGCAGAGCUGUUCAGAAAUUAUCUGAAGCAGAUAAGGGAAGAAGCAAGUGGAAGAUUAUUGAGUGUUGCAUAUAGACCUAAUGGGACUCCGAACAAAUGGUGGUUGGCAUUUGCUAAGAGGAAAUUUAUGAAUAUCAUUGCUCUCUGAGUACUUUGUUACAUAUAUCCUAUCAGAAGUUGCAUGCAAUAGGAGAGUAUGAAUUUUAUAACUAUUAGUAUGAAUAUUCUUUGUUAGCAAAUCAUGGAAUACAAUCCUGUCAAAAAUUAGAAAAAAAUUAUUUGUUUGUGUUCUGUUUUUUGAUAAAUGCCACAUUUUGGGCAUGAUAGCUGAUAUGCAAAUGACCAUUUAUUUAUUCAUUUAUUUAUUUGAAUAAAUUUGUAUUCUUUCUGUCUUCA